CUUAUAACUGACCUAAAUAUUUCUGUACUAUAAUUUUCCAAAGAAGAGAUUUAUUAUAUAAAAAAUAGGCUGAAGCUUUUGAAUCGAACAUUCCAAAUGCUUGAAUUUUGCACUUUCAGAAGUAUUCAAAGUGAUGGACGAUAUUCAAUAAAGACAUUUUAUUGUGGCAAUUUCCUUUUGGCUCUAAAAGAGAGCGAAACACGGAGAGAAAACGAUUAAAAAAGAAGAAGAAUAGGUCAAGAGAAUAUCACCACAUGAAUUUUAAUUGGAGAUUUUUUUUUUUUUGGAGUAAUCCGUGUCCCAUAUUGAAAUAGAAAUAAAUAGAAAAAAAGAAUGAGAGUGCGAGACCUGAUAGUAGGAGGAUUUGUAAUAAAAAGAGCUGUUCUUCUAAUUGCUUCGUGAGCAGUCUGGCUUCCUCCCUGUCAUGCCAAAUAACGCGUGGUCCGUUUGAAUGUGGAGACAGAGAGAAGGAGACGUUCUGCCAUUCGUCACUUCUCCUCGCUUCGGGAGGGGAGCAGCGGCGGUGGCAGCAGAGCGGCUCUCUCCGGUAACGGAGGCGGCGGCAGCACAUAGUCAACACCGGCGGAGCGACCUGCAGCUCAACGGGAAGCCGACAAUGGACACGUAGAGGAACUUUCAUCCGCUUUCGACCCACUCUGGACAAUAUUUUUUUUCUUUUAAACAUGUCUGCUUUUUAAAUUCUAAACAGCAGAUGGCGGUGAGCUGAUGCAUCAGUGUGUUGGGACUGUCUUUUUUUGUUAUUUUUAGUGUUUUAAAAACUAUCUUAAACUUAUUUUUUGCUCCAGUGGAGGCUUUUUUCCCUAUACAUAUUUGACCUAAAUACCCAUUAAGCUCCAACAACUUCAUUUUUCUUUGCCUUCACUUCGACGGGAAUCAAAACAAUCUCCUCACAAGGAUGCUACUUCAGCACAGAGUCUGCUAGACGAACCCGACAACCAACAUGUUCAGGCGAGGUUAUGGUGGGGUGGAGUUACUGUUGGUGCUGUGGGGCCUGGAUCUGUCCAUGCCCUGCCCUCACCACUGCAUCUGCUACACUUCACCGAGCACCGUUUCCUGCCAGGCUCACAACUUCCACGCCGUGCCGGAGGGCAUCCCCGCUCAGAGCGAGCGGGUUUUCCUGCAAAACAACAAGAUCCAGAGGUUACUCCGCGGCCACUUCUCCCCCACCACCACCAUGCUCUGGCUUUACUCCAACAACAUCUCCUACAUUCAGCCGUCCACAUUCCACGGCUUCGAUCGCUUAGAGGAGCUUGACCUGGGGGACAACCGGCACCUGAGGGCCAUCGCCUCAGACACCUUCCUCGGUUUGGGUCGCCUGCACGCCUUGCAUCUGUACCGCUGUGGUCUAAUCAGUCUGCCUCCAGGCAUCUUUUCAGGCCUACAGAACCUCCAGUAUCUCUACUUACAGGACAACCAUUUGGAGUUCUUGGAUGACGAUCUGUUCAUCGACCUGCUGAACCUCAGUCAUCUCUUCCUUCACGGGAAUCGUCUGUGGAGUCUCCGUCAGAACACUUUUCGAGGUCUGGGUGCCUUAGACCGACUCCUUCUGCACCAGAACGAAAUCCAGUGGGUGGACCGUCAAGCCUUCCACGACCUACGGCGCCUCACCACUCUCUACCUGUUCAACAACAAUCUCACGGAGCUGUCCGGCGCCACUUUGACUCUUCUGCCCGCGCUGGAGUACCUCCGGCUCAACGACAACCCUUGGGAGUGUGACUGCAAGGCUAUGUCGCUUUGGGAUUGGCUGCGCAGAUUUAGAGGCUCCACCUCCUCUCUUGUUUGUGUUUCCCCACCAGAGUUGGCGGGGAAGGACCUAAAGAUGCUCAAAAAGGAGGAGCUACCCAGUUGCUUGUCGAGGGAGAGUCACGCACAGGGCUCCCCGGGAAAGGAAUUGGAACAUGGAGAGUCUUUGAACCACCUGAACCGCCACAGAAAUCACCACAACCACCAUCAGCGGCCGUACAUGCCCCACGGGGACCAGCACAACCUGCCCUCACCGUCCCCACUGCCCCGGCCGCCUAAGGGGAGCCGCAAAAACUGCACCCGCCGGGGUCGCAAGGCAAAAGGGGGGCUCAACGAGGUGCAGGUACUUAGGGAGGAGGGUGAGAAAGAUUAUUCUCCAGACGGGGGGAAAUACGACGCGUCGUCAGGUUCCAGGAGGAGGAACAAGUGCAUCCCAAGAACUUCGGUCGGCCCGCCAAGCGGCGUCCAGAGGGCUUCUAAUAAAGCAGAGCGGCACCUUGCAGACUUUGCCUCCUGUCUGUCAUCAGCUCUGCUGCUCUCAGUCUAUUUUGUGAUCUUGCGCUGAGACAGGAGGUGAACACGUUUGUGUUUGUGAUGCAACCUUAGGAUCGAUUUUCCUGAAACACCCUUUUCCUGGCUCCACGAGGAGACACGUAUGAACGACUGACAGCGUACACGAGUACGGUAUCGAUUAUCUCUGUGGUGAUCCUUGUGGCUCCUAAUCAAAACACAAAAGCCUGGAGGGGAGAGAAAAGAAAUAAAAAAAAUCCUCCCUAUUGUCACGAUGAUGUCAGUAUGGGAAACAUCAGGAAAUGGGUUGUCUCUAUGCUACCAACUGCUGAAUUUAUGUACUCAUAAAAGCUGUACAGCCAUAUAAAAAUAACGAGCCAAUAAGUGAUUCAAAUAGCAGUGAACGCACACGGUUAACCCUCUUGACUCCACAGAGCGCUCUCAGCACAACCUCCAUCCGUCACUCACUCUAAGACAAAGACAGUCAUUUACGGCUGCCUCUCCGCUCACUUCACGGUACCCCGACAUCAAGACAGAGAAGUACUGACGCGGGACUGGAGAGUCCUCGGGAACCGUCGGGCCGUAAUAGCUAUAAUCACUAUCAAUCUCCAGAUAAAGUGGCUUUACUCUGACAUUUCACAGCACGCCUGUAUUCUUGGUGACUAAAGAUAUACAACUGAAAUUACCACAAACAACAUAACUGUCAGGGUUUUUUUUUUAUUUUAUUUCAUUUUCCAGCCUGUUCUGUCAGUUAAAUAAACUUAAAAGCCAUUCAGAUCCAACAAAUCAACAGGUUUCAUGGCAGAUUUGAAGGAAAGUCGUAUCUAAAGUGCAAUCCUGAAGUCGACAGAUAUCAAGAGUGCCUGAUAGGAGCCAGUGUCUAAAGACAGGUCAGGAGAGGUUUUAUUUUCUAGGAAUUAGUCAUACAUUUCUUGAAAUGAAACAAGAAUAUGGGAAUAAAAUUAUGGGAGAUGGACUGAGCGAUCUUCAAGCCCUGAUUGGAGCGAUGGUUUCUUUUGCUGCUAGGUCUGAGAAGACAAAGAUCCCACCAGCUGUUCGGGAGUCUUCAGGAAUUAACAAGGACAGAGAGGACUGUGGGACGCACACACACACCCUCACAGAGCCCGGACGCUCACCUUCACAGCCCACCGCAGACACUAACCCCCAUUAGUCCAGGGAUUUCUGAUCACAGAGCAGCGGGUUUUUUCUUUUACACCUAAAGUCCCGAGUGCUCAAUUACAAACACAACAAUCCUCAAGCCAAUAAACACAUUUUUUGUUUUGUUUUUUUUACAGCGCAAUGAAUUAUCUUUGAAUAAGCUAUCCUAACAUCACCAGACAACCAUGACAGGCAAAUAAUAAGAACUGAAAAACAACAACAACAAAAAAAACUCUGUGGGAUCAACUAAGAAUUCCAAAUGGAAAUUCAGGAGCCACAUUUGUAUCCCGCUUGUGUGUAUCUCCUGCCGGGCUCUGCCAUCUUGUGUCUAUUUAACUAGAUGUUGGGAACGUUCAGAAGCCUGUCACUGGUGUCAGUGUCCUAACAUGUAGGAUUAGAGAUCCCUAACGGUGAAUUUGUUUGUGCUGCUGUGCAAAAAGAGGUGAUGUAAAUUGUGUCUGUUUAUUCUUUUGAGAAUGCGUUUUUCUUAAAAAAAGAAGAAAAGGAGACCAAAAAAAAAAAAAAAAUCUCUAUUGUGUCUCAGUGAUUUCCCAUUAACAGGAUGUGGGAGACUGGAACUUUUAUUUUUUUGAAUUGUUUUUUUUUCUUGUUUUGCUGACUCGUACAGCUCCACACACCGUCCUCCCUACUCUUCCUCCUGUUGUUUCAUCCCUCCUCUUCUUCGUCUGUGUGCUAAUUCCCCCCUUUCUCCCCCAUGUGCCGCUUCCCCUUCUCUUCCAGCUCUCACACAGACACACACGUUUCCCUCUUUUCCCAUCCUUUUGUGCAGCUGAAAUGUUUCUGUGUGGUUAUCAAACAAUGCCAGACUGAAAAGGCAUUUAUAAAUAACAUUAAACAGAAAGGGUACUCAAA